AUGUAAAUUAAAUGUACCUAAGCUGAUCAUCGAACUCAAUAAAUAUUAGGGUUUUGCAUAGGUAGUUCUUGCGCAAAUUAAAGACCAUAUUGUAAUUUUUGCAUUCCUAGUACAUUGAACAUCUUUAUAAGUUAACAUAAUUAGACCUUUUUUAUGAAUGGAUUGAGCAAAGACUUCUUAGAAUUAAUAGUAUUUAAAAGAAUGUUUAAUAAUUUAAAGUAGCUCUUGAUAGUCUUAUAAGCUUGUUCCUUCCUUUUUUUAACUUUAAUAUUUCAUAAUUACCAUAAUUAGGAGUAUCACAAAUUGACAAAUUAAUAAAAGACUUAAGUAAAAUGGAAGAUUGUGAAAAAAUAUUAUUUUAGCAACUUUAUUAAUCAAUCGAAUAAGGAAGAUAGAUUUUAAACGAAAUGCUUGGAAAUAUAAAGAAUUAAACUAAUUAUAAGUAAAAUAAUAAUUUAUAAAUUCGACAUUAUAACUUAGAAAAACUGA